AUGUCGGGUGGUUCAAUGUCCCCCAUUUGUGAGUACCUCAGUGUUGUGCUUGGCAGAUUAUCACUCGGUAUUUCAAUCCAACUGACCAUUUUCCAAGCAAUUUCCUCGCCAUUCUCUGCGAGUAGUCCCGGGCCACCGAUUCUUGCUCCUAGAGCUGCCUCGGUUGGUAGUGACGGUGCUGCCGCCCCAAGCACUAUUGUUACGCGCAAAGAAUGGGUUGUUCCACCGCGCCCGAAGGUUAGCCAUUCCAAGGGAUAAUGAUAAGGCAAUUGGAUUAGGUAUUGAUUCAGUGCAUUAGCCCGGCAGGAAGGCUUCCACUGAGACCCCGCCAACGGUAAGCUCUGGCGAUAUUGUGCGGUAGCAGCGCAUAGCUCACGUCACGCAGAAGCGAAAGGCUCAAAACCGGGCGGCCCAACGAGCGUUCAGGGAGCGCAAGGCUGCUAGAGUCAAUGAACUGGAGGACAAGCUCAAAGAAUUGCAGGCCGAUCAUGAGGACCGCGAUCGAAUUUCCAGGGAUCAAAUUCAGCAGCUAACGGAGGAUAAUGUGCGUUUGACGAAAGAACUUUCGGAACAUAAGAUAAGGAUGGAAAGUCUCCAGAAAGAACUCGAUUUAAUCCGACAGUUAAAAUCCGAGGAUCAAGCAUCGUCGGCUGCGAAUUUUGUCACCCAAGUCGCAUCGCCAGCCCCAUCCUCUGGCCGUGGCACCCCCUGUGGGGGGGAUUGUACUUGCACAGAUGAAUUGGAUCAAGUCCUGUGUAUCAAGAAUCCCGUUGUCACUUUAAGCGCCCCGUCCGUCCCACUUCGCCGUAGGAGUGGGCGAAACAAACCACAACCUCCCCCAGAAAGUAGCCGGGUUUCAGAUCCUACAGGCUGCAGUCGGUGCCCAGAGGAAGGGCCAUGCGCUUGUAUGACUGAACCUGCUGCAGCGCUUUCAACAAAAAGGCCCACGUCCCCCAGCCAGAACACACCGAAACGCACUCGCACAGGAGAUUAUGCUGGGCAUAUUUCUGAUGAGCUCGAGAUUGACUUUACAAAUGCAUACAUGACCAGAUCAGCACCCAAUCCCCCAAUCACUCAGAUGCCGGACCCUUGCGGGUUUUGUUCGGACGGGACGCCGUGUGUCUGUGCCGAGGUUGCGAACUCCCUGAUUGCGGGCGAUGACUCUGAGGAGGAUCACAGCACCAAGUUGCCCCCUUUAAGAGAUGGACAUAGCUCUGUUUUAACGAGUCAUACUCAGCAGGGACUUGAGAGGCCUGAAGCGUUAUAUCCCCCGAUGAAUACUAGUGCUGUGAAACUCACGUCUCGGCCGAGCGGUUGCCAACCCGGGGGCUGCGCGCAAUGUCAGAACGACCCAUUGUCAACCCUGUUCUGCCAAUCGGUGGCUACGAAGAUGGAUGGCGCUGAAAAAUCGGGGUGCUGUAGGGGAAGUUUAUGUGGUGGCGGUGAUAUUGGAGGCUCAAAGCCUGGUGUUGGCGAUAGCAAGGAGAAGGGAAAAUCCGAUGAAGGCGCCUCAGAGAAGGGAACGUUCAUUCCCUGCAGCGCAGCAUACCAGACACUCUCCCGCCACCGCGCAUUCGAAGACGCAACGACGGACUUGGGGAGCCUUGUCCGUCCUCUGAUGGUACGGAGUCUGGACGGAAGUUGCCCUCAGAUCGAGGUUUCUAGCGUCCGGGAGGUACUCAGAAGGCUAGAUAGAGGGUUUGGCUCGGAUGCGGGCAAGUACACGAAAUAA